CGCACGCUGUCAGUUACAACAUUUCGUGAGGCAAACAACGCGCACCUGACCAAGCGAAAUACGCGACGAAACAUGAGAAUUGAAAUGUGUGAUAUUUGUCUAUAAUACAAUACACAGAAAAUAGUAAACAUGCGAUCUUGGGUGAUACUUUUCACCCUCUCCACGUGUGUCUUAUCCGCGUUUUCACUCGAGGCAACAGAAACUGGGCACUCGAACAAUUGGGCGGUGUUAGUAGACACGUCGAGAUUCUGGUUUAACUAUCGACACGUAGCCAAUGUCCUGUCGAUAUACCGAAGCGUGAAGCGUCUCGGCAUACCGGAUUCUCAGAUAAUAUUAAUGAUAGCCGAUGACAUGGCGUGUAACCCGAGAAAUCCUCGGCCUGCUACUGUUUUUAACAACGCGAAGCAGCACAUAAACGUUUACGGCGACGACGUAGAGGUCGAUUACAGGGGCUAUGAAGUCACCGUGGAAAAUUUUGUCAGGUUACUGACAGGCAGGCUUCCGCCUGAGACCCCUAGAUCUAAAAAACUCCUCACCGACGAAGGGUCAAACAUUUUAAUCUAUCUUACUGGCCACGGUGGAGACGGAUUUCUCAAAUUUCAAGACUCUGAAGAGAUAACCAGUCAGGAAUUGGGAGAUGCCUUAGAACAAAUGUGGCAGAAGAGGAGAUACCACGAAAUUUUAUUUGUCGUCGAUACCUGCCAAGCGAGUUCUAUGUACGAAAAAUUUUACUCGCCUAACAUAUUAGCCGUGGCGUCCAGUUUGGUCGGAGAAGACUCCUUGUCGCAUCACGUCGAUCCGGCAAUCGGAGUUUACAUAAUCGAUCGUUACACCUAUUACGCAUUGGACUUUCUGGAAACGGUAGAACCUUCGAGUUCUAAAACGCUGAGCGAAUUCCUAAAGGUGUGUCCGAAAAGAUUUUGCAUAUCAACUGUCGGUGUGAGAAAAGACCUCUUCAGAAGGGAUCCGAAGAACGUGCCGGUCACCGACUUUUUCGGAUCUCUCAGACCCGUCGAGUUGACUACAAGCACCGUAAACGUCAGUCCGGUUCAACUGAACAAUACUAAUUCGCCAAAGAAACCUGUGAUCAAGUACAAAUACGUCGAUCAAUUUCCCGACUUGUCGUACGUAUAGUGUAGAUAAAUAAUUGAUCGCCGACUAUAAGCGAUAAAUAAUAUAAAAACUGUACCGUA